AUGCCAUCUACAAAAUAUACAAUCGAAGAAUUUGGUUCAUUAUAUGGUUUGGAUUAUCGAAUAUAUUUCAAAGAUCAAAAUGGUUGUCAUAUUUCACCAUGGCAUGAUAUACCUUUAUUUGUGGAUGAAUCGAAGAAAAUUUACAAUAUGGUAGUUGAAAUUCCUCGAUGGACAAAUGCUAAAAUGGAAAUUUCAACAAAGGAAUCGAUGACACCAAUCAAACAAGAUGUGAAAAAUGGUGAACCACGGUUUGUGGAUAAUUUUUUCCCAUUUAAAGGCUAUAUCUGGAACUAUGGUGCUCUUCCACAAACAUGGGAAGAUCCUAAACAUCUUGAUCCAGCUACAGGAGCUCGUGGUGAUAAUGAUCCAAUUGAUGUAAUCGAAAUUGGUUCCAAAAUUCAUCGUCGUGGUGAUGUGAUAUCAGUAAAAGUUGUUGGUGUUAUUGCAUUGAUUGAUGAGGGUGAAACAGAUUGGAAAUUAGUUGCUAUCGAUGUAACAGAUGAAAAAGCAGAUCAAAUUAAUGAAAUUAAGGAUGUGGAAAAGCAUUUUCCGGGUCUUCUGAAAGCAACACGUGAGUGGUUCCGAAAUUACAAAAUUCCUGCUGGUAAACCAGCUAAUCAGUUUGCAUUUAAUGGAUUAUUCAAGGAUGCUAACUUUGCACAUGGCAUUAUUUCUGAAACGCAUGAAUUCUGGAAACAGCUUAUCAAAGAAUCAUCACCUAAGCUGAACACCGAAAUGACAUGUGGUAUGGAUGGAGCAGCACAUCAAGCAGACAAUGAUAAUUGGAAAAAAAUUAUUGCUCAACAACCGUUAGCCGAUGCUAAGAAAGAUGUUCCGAAGAAAAAACUGGAUAAAUGGCACUAUAUUGUAGAUCAGUUUUUGGAAUCAAUGAAUGAAGAUGUGGAAAUGUCGGAAGAUAUUGACCAGUGUGGUACCAGUAAUGGUGAAGACAGCGUACUACACUACCAUGAAGCAGCGCAACAUUUAUGCGAAAAAAUUGAUAAAUUGACAACGGCAGUCUUUGAAGGUGGUGAAAGUGGUGAUGAUUUUUGUUCUCAAAGAUAUUUACAACAAACCGACGACUUCGAAGAAAAUUUUGCCAAGACUCAGUCUUGUCGUUAUAUGAUGACAGACGCAAAAUUAACGAAAUCUUUGUCGAAACUUAUUGUCGCGGAAGUUCAAAGUUUUCAUAACAAUUCAGCCAAGAAAACGAUUACUUUGCAUUCUUUUGUCCAGACAUUGAUAACUUUUUUCAAAAAUGAAUGUGGUUUGAUCGAAGAAAAUGGAAAAAUAACCCUCGAAAAUCAGCAAUCAAGUUGGAUGGCAUUCGGCAAUCAUUUUAUGAAUGUUCUCAAUCUUCCACCUACUUUAUCAUGCCUGAGGCCAUUAUUGUUGGAGGAAAUUCCGAGUGAGAUGAACGACAAACUUAAGAAAUUGGAAAAUAAUGCAAAAAAAAGAACAGAAAGGACAAAAUUAAAAGGGAAUGAAGAAAUUUUGCAGUUACAAGAAGUCGAAGAGGAAGAAUUGCAACGACGAACGGAUCCGCUCGCUGAGCAGCUCGAUAAUGUCAUGCAUUGUUUGAAAAGUUAUUUGAAGCAACAUAAUACGAAAUCAAUUAACUAUUUCGAAUUUUGCUUUCAUCCGACAGAUUUCUCACGUACUGUGGCCAAUGUCUUUUAUACAUCAUUUUUGUUAAAGGAAAAUAAAGUUGGAUUGGAUAUUGACGAUGAUAAUAUGCCAUGUUUAAGUUUAAUUGGUAAUAUUGAACGAAAAGCCCUUGAAAACAGUGUUGAUCAGGACAAUCGUGGUGUUAUAAGCUUUAGCUAUAAUGAUUGGCAAGAAGUAGUCAAGUUGUUGGAUAUUAAGAAUCCUGUUAUAAGUGACCAUUGA